AUGAAUACAGCUAGCAAGUUACCACGGAAAAUUUAUGUUAAAAGACUUGACAUCUUCUUCAAACUGUUUCGUUACAAAUCUGAGGUAUGGUAACAUUAUUCGUUUUUUUAUUUUUUCCGUUUCUAUGUAUUAUUUUAUACUGUACGAUAAGGUUAAUACUUAUUUUAUUAAACUAUAUUCAUAAUGUUACGAGAUCGUUUAUAAAAAUUAUAUAAAUAAAAAUUUUUAAUGCAAACAUCGUAUAUUAUGCUUUCUACUUUGUACAAAAUUGUAAUAUUACAUACAUAUAUACAUGCCUUGCAGUUUUAUAUCGCGUGAUUUUAUAAAUUUAUUUUUCUUAUUUUUUAUAAUCUUGCUGUAUUUGUAUAAUAUGUUACAAAUACUACGUAUUUGCAUUACUUUAAAAAGAUGCUAAUGUAUUUUUAUCAAUUUUUCACUGAAUUAUAAAUAAUCCUGUUUUAACAAUAAUAGAAUAAUUCAAAAGGAGCAUAUCAAAUUAAAUUUUGACAAAUAUAUUUUAUUAAAGUAAUAAAAUACAAUUACGAAGUAAUAUAAGUAAAAUCAUGAUAUUCUCAUUUCUAAAUAAUGAUUACUAAGUUAUUACAACUUUUUAAAUAAUUUUUCAUUUGCAUAUUAUGAAAUAUUAUAAAAGUGAAAUAAUAGAAUUAAAGCUAAUUCUUUUUACAUUAAUUUCAUUUAAACUAUAAGUAAUUUAAAUAGAAGAUAUAUAUUAUAUAAUAAAUAUUUUUUAAGAAAUUAAAUGUUUAAUAAGUUGAUAAGAUGUUUAAAUUAUAGUAUUAUUAUUAAAUAUAUAUUAAAAUUAUUUUAAUAUACAUAUAUUAAAAUUUGGGCUUUGGAAAUGUGGAUAAUAAAAUACUUUGAUAAAGUAUUUUUGCUAUUAAAAGUUUUGUUAUUAAAGAUUUGAUAUUGAAUUUAUAGCUUAGUUUUGAAGGAAUAUAGUUUAUAAUUCUUAUUUAAUAUAAAAAAGACUAUACUAUGUAUUUAAUAAUAAAUGUGAAUUAUUACUUAAUAAAAUAGUUAUAUGUUAUUAUAAUAUUACACAUAUACUUAUAUAUUAAAGAAUUGAUUGGAAUAUUGAAUUUCAUUUACAUUUAGGAGCAAUUAAAAAUAUAUGUAUUUUUAAAAUAUAUAUUAUAUGUUAUUAUAUAUAUAUGUAAUAUAUAUCUUAUUGAUUUUGGUAAGAUACAUACAUAAUGUUAAAAAAAAUGAGUAAAAUUAUAUUUUUUAUUAGUUUACAAUUGUUCAUUAUUUCAUUGUUAAUAGACUGUGAAUGUAAAUUUUAUUAAUGCAAAAAAAGAGAAACAAAAAAAAGUGUUUGAUAUAUUUUUUAUGUUAUAACAAGUAUAUUUAUAGAUUAUUACAUAUUUAUUUUUUUCAUAAGUGCAUAAACAGACUAGUUAUUAUUAAUUAUUAUGAUAUUAUAGAAAAUAAAUCAUACUAUUCAUAAAAAAUUAUGAUGUAUCUUAGAUUAUCAUAAAUACAUUAGAAAGAAGUAAAGAAUGAAAUGUUGGUCAAAAGUUACAUUUAUAUUGUAAAUUUGAAUAUUUAAAGACAACAGGAUUUGUCAAUAUGUUUAAGUUGUAAUAAUAUAAAACUAAUUACAUAAAAUUUUAAAGAUUAAUAUUUUAUAAUUUUGUUAUUGUUUCAGUAUCAUUAUUAUGAUAUUGUUUCAUUUUUACCUCUUCGUAUGUCCGGACUAGCUGUAAAACAAGUAUUUUUGAGAAAUUUUUGUAAAAACGUGUUAAUAUCUGAGAGAUCUUCUUGUUAUAAUUUAAUGGCAAAUUCAACUGCACAACAGAAACUAAGUCAAACAUCAAUGGAUCCUUUUUUGGAAACAUAUUACAAUUCUAAUAAUUAUGAAAUUCCAUUAAAUUUUACAUCAGAAAAUUUAGCAUGUGAAAGUAACAUACAAACACUUGGGACGAAUACAUGUGUUGAAUCUCCAAUGUUCUUAAUGGAUAAGUACAUGUCUGACAAACAAAGAUAUAAAUCAAUGCGACAAUGGAAACGAUUUAAGAAAGAGAAGCUGACCUCUAAUUCUGAAGAAUCUUUUACUCUGAGAGUAUUAUCCUUCAACAUUUUGGCACAAUAUCUACUGGAAACUUAUUCAUUUUUGUAUAAGGCACAUGACAAGCAGGCACUAUCUUGGGAGAUUAGGAGGCAGCUUCUCUUAGAAGAGAUUUUAAGAAUGCAAGCUAAUGUCAUUUGUCUUCAAGAAAUGCAAGAAGAACAUUUAGAAGAAUUUUUGAUUCCAUUUAAAGAGUUAGGUUAUAAUUACUUAUAUAAAAAGCGGACAAAUGAUAAAAAAGAUGGACUGCUAUUUCUAUAUCGAUCUGAUCAACUUAUUUUAUUGGAUUAUGUAAAGGUUGAACUUUAUCAACCUGGUAUAGAAUUAUUAAGUAGAGAUAAUGUUGGAAUUAUUGCAAAACUGGCAGUUAGAAAAAGUCCCGAAAUACAAUUGGUGAUUGCUACAACUCAUCUACUCUAUAAUCCAAGAAGAAAUGAUGUGAGACUAGGACAAGCUCAACUUCUUUUAGCAGAAAUUGAAAGAAUUGCUUUCCUAGAGGAUACAAUGACGGGUGCCAAAUAUCUUCCAAUCAUACUCACAGGUGAUUUUAACUUAAAACCCUAUUCUGGAGUAUACAAAUUUAUUGUGGAGGGAGUAUUUAAAUAUCAAGGAAAGGGAAGAAAUCUUGAACGAACAGAUUACCGAUCUCUAUCGAAUUCUCUUAUUCCUCCUCGACUUUGCGUUACUGAUAAUUGUCAACAUUUUAAUGUUUUAAAACAUAGAUUAAUUGGAGAAGGAACAGAUAAAGUGAUGUUGGAAAAUAGCGAACAUGCUGUAGAAGAACUCACCUCAACAAAUAAUUCGUCAAAUCAUUGCGAAGUGAACGCAGAUACAACUGAUCUUCAAACAAUAGAAAUUGCACAUGAUCAUCAUGUAAAAUUCUGUUCUGGUACUUUAACACAUCCUUUUCAUUUUGAUAGUGUAUACAAACAUCAAAAUUGUCAUGGAGAACGAGAAGCUACAACGAAUCAGGGCGAAUGGAUUACUGUUGAUUAUAUCUUUUAUAGCGGCUUGGAACUUCUUGAAAAAUAUGAUUUACCAACAGCUAGAAGAUGUAACACUUUACCCACAAUACCUAAUUUUGCAAUUGGAAGUGAUCAUUUGUGUUUAGCGGCAACUUUUAAACUACAUAAAAGCAAGCUUUAA